AUGAUCCCACUGCUUGUGCCCCUGCUGGUUGCCCUGGCCCUGACCCAGGUCCCUUCGGCCUUAGCUGAUGUACUGGAAGGGGACAGCUCAGAGGACCGCGCCUUCCAAGUGCGCAUCGCUGGCGCCGCGCCACUGCGGGGUGUGUUAGGCGGCGCGCUCACCAUCCCGUGCCACGUCCACUACCUGCGGCCGCCGCCCAGCCGCCGGGCGGUGCUGGGCUCUCCGCGGGUCAAGUGGACCUUCCUGUCCCGGGGCCGGGAGGCGGAGGUACUCGUGGCACGGGGCCUGCGCGUCAAAGUGAACGAGGCCUACCGGUAUCGCGUGGCGCUGCCUGCCUACCCGGCUUCACUCACGGAUGUCUCCCUGGUGUUGAGCGAGCUAAGACCCAAUGACUCAGGAAUCUACCGCUGUGAGGUCCAGCACGGCAUUGAUGACAGCAGUGAUGCUGUGGAGGUGAAGGUCAAAGGGGUCGUCUUUCUCUACCGGGAGGGCUCUGCCCGGUAUGCUUUCUCCUUUGCUGGUGCCCAGGAAGCCUGCGCUCGCAUCGGAGCACGCAUUGCUACACCUGAGCAGCUCUAUGCCGCCUACCUUGGGGGCUAUGAGCAGUGUGAUGCUGGCUGGCUGUCCGACCAGACUGUGAGGUAUCCAAUCCAGACACCACGAGAGGCCUGUUAUGGAGACAUGGAUGGCUACCCUGGAGUCCGGAACUAUGGAGUAGUAGACCCGGAUGACCUCUAUGAUGUCUACUGUUACGCGGAAGAUCUAAAUGGAGAACUGUUCCUAGGUGCCCCUCCAGACAAGCUGACAUUGGAGGAGGCACGGGCAUACUGCCGGGAGCGGGGUGCAGAGAUUGCCACCACUGGCCAGCUGUAUGCAGCCUGGGAUGGUGGCCUGGAUCGCUGCAGCCCAGGCUGGCUGGCUGAUGGCAGUGUGCGCUACCCCAUCGUUACACCCAGUCAGCGCUGUGGUGGGGGUCUGCCUGGCGUCAAGACCCUCUUCAUCUUUCCCAACCAGACGGGAUUCCCUAACAAGUACAGCCGCUUCAACGUCUACUGCUUCCGAGACUCUGCCCACCCCUCUGCCAUCCCUGAAGCCUCCAACCCAGCCUCUGAUCCAGCCUCUGAUGGACUAGAGGCCAUUGUCACAGUGACAGAAACCCUGCAGGAACUGCAGCUGCCUCAGGAAGCUAUGGAAAAUGAGUCCCGUGGGGCCAUCUAUUCCAUUCCCAUCAUGGAGGAUGGAGGAGGUGGAAGCUCCACCCUAGAAGACCCAGCAGAAGCCCCUAGAACCCUCCUAGAAUUUGAAACCCAAUCCAUCCUACCACCCAUGGGGUCCCCAGAAGAGGAAGACAAGGCACUGGAGGAAGAAGAGAGAUACAAGGAUGAAGAAGAGACAGAAGAGGAGGAAGAGGAGGAGGUGGUUGAGGAUGAGGACCUGUGGGCAUGGCCCAGCGAGCUCAGCAGCCCUCUCCCCACUGAGCUGGACACAGAGGAGUCACUCUCCCAGGCGUCCCCACCAGCAAAGGCUGUCCUGCAACCAGGCGCAUCACCACCUCCUGAUGGAGAGUCAGAAGCUCCCAGACCUCCAAGGGUCCGUGGACCACCUACAGAGACUCUGCCCACUCCCAGGGAAGGGAGCCUAGCACCCCCACCACCUCCCAUUCCAGUUGGGACAGAAGUGGGGGAGGAAAUUGGAGGUCCUGAGCUAUCUGGGGUCCCACGAGGAGAGAGUGAGGAGACAGGGAGCUCCGAGGAUGCCCCUUCCCUACUUCCAGCCACACAGGCCCCUGAGGGUACCAGAGAGCUGGAGGCCCCAUCGGAAGAGAAUUCUGGAAGAACUGUCCCAGCAGGGACUUCAGUGCGGGCCCAGCCAGUGCUGCCCACUGACAGUGCCAGCCGAGGUGGAGUAGCUGUGGCCCCCUCAUCAGGUAACUCUGCCCAAGGCUCAGUCUUCCUCUCCAUCCUCCUUUUACUUCCCCUGGACGUAUGGAUCACCUGACCUAUAGGCCUUUAAUUCACCAUUGCCCGAGACUCACCUGUCCUUUGCCUUCAUUCUU